CUUUUUUUAAUUACCAAUACAACCCAUUGAGAGAAGAUGGAAUAUAACUACACAAACACAAUGGUAGCUAGUGGAGGUUCCUAUGAAGUUGUAGGACACAGGGAAAGUUUGUGUUACAGCAUUGGGUUUUCGCUAGGCAUCCUAGCGGUUCUUGUGAUCCUCCCUUUUCUUGUAUACAAAUGUGUUAAAGGUGAUCCCGGGGACAGCGCACACCGAAGUGCUGCCACCACAGGAGUGGAUGGUGAAGAGGAGCAUAUAAUAAGCAUUGGUGAAUCAAUGUUUUUGGUGUACUUGGAUAGCUACCCAAAGCUUCUUUAUUCAGAGGUGAAGGAGUAUGAGAAGGAUUCUGAUUACUCCUCUUCAGAGUGUUGUAUUUGCCUAGCAGAUUAUGAGGAUGAUGAUAUUGUCAGGGUAUUGCCUAAAUGUGGACAUCUUUUCCAUGUCAAUUGCAUUGACAUUUGGUUCAAGCGUCGCCCUACUUGCCCUUUUUGUCGAAAUUGUCCUUUGUAUGAAUCACUUUGAAGCUAUUGAAGGUUAACUGUUCAAGAAAGUGUAGUGUAUCCCCUUCCGCCUCCUUUGCUGUAUGUACAUACAAACUAAACUGUAAUUUGUUGAUAUUAGAGCAAUGAUUGAAUUCUGUUUUUGGGUAAAAAAGUGAAUUAGGGAGGAGUCCCUUUUCUUAAGAAACAAAAGUUGCAAUCAC